UUCAGUUCAGGAAAAGAGAGUUUUGCUGACAUGAAUUAUGAAUAAAGUAGGUAGGUUUUUGCCUCCUGCUGUCGUCUGUUUUGUUGGGACUUGAAGAUUGAUGAGCUUUUUAGGUUGCAUAGACAAAGUACUGGAAUGGGACUUGAAAUUUCAGAUUCUGUUCCUAGGUUUGUUCAUACUUUGUCUGUGACUCUCAUGAACUUGUUUUAUCACUCUGGGCCUAAUCAACCCGAUGUUCACUUUUCAAAAGAACUUGAAGUUUGACUAAUGAAAGUCAAGCUGUAGAUGGCAGGUAUGACUGUUUCUGUUCUGUUCUUUCCCUGUAUUUUAUUCCCACUCCUCUGCUCUAAAACCUUCAUUAGAAAUGAGGGUUUUCUGAGCUGACUAAACAUCUUCCAUCUCUGCAAGGGCUCUUAUGACAGUAUUUGUCAGAUAAUAAUGAGUAAGGCUUUUAUGGAGAGGUGCUGUUCACAUCUGAUGAAGAUGUUGGAACCAGGAAAACUGAUUUUCACCAAAACAACUUGUUUGCAGAAAGCUUCUCUGUAAAUACCUGUCUCUACCUGCUUGAUCUCACAUUUACUUUAUUUGUAUUUUAGUCCAUAAUUCGUGCACUUAAGUCCUGCAAUUCACACACAUUGGUGGAGUUAAUUUAAAUUGUCACUCUGCAUUACAAUGUAUUGUAGCAUCCAUUGCUUUCUCUUCCUGCUAGUAAUACACAAUCAUCUCAGUCAUCUCAAAAUAAAACCAGUUGGUAUAUGUAGUCUUAUAGAGAUUUACCAAGUUUUUGGCAUCACUGGCAUGCAAUGAGAGCAGAAUUAGAGAAAGCAAGAGCUCUACCUAUUAGGAAGGAAAGUGAUCACUGUAAACACUCCUCUUUUUGUUUUCCCGUUGCUUUUGUUGUUGUUUGUUCUGUUUGGUUGGUUAGUUUUGCCUGUUUUGGUGUUGUAAUGCAGUGCUAUUUAGGUGAAAGCAGUGCAGACCUUGCUGUGGUGCUGGAUAUCCUCUUGGUGUGGGAGCUACCAAGGCCUGGUGCCCUUUCAGUCUCCCUGGUUUGUGAAGUGCUGUGUAAUCUUGGCAGUGUUCUGCAGUCAGCUGCAGAAGAGUUGAACAGAGACAAGAAUUUCAUAAAGUAACCAUAGCACAUACCCUUUUCUCACUGAAGUGUCAGGAAGAAGUAAUUAAUGUUGUACAGACAGUUUUACUUCUGGCAUUUCCUAAUGUUUGAGUAUUUGCAGCCUCAGCAUUCUUUUUGACAAUUUUCCAGAGCAGUAUCUCUUAGCCCAGAUGCUGCACUUGGAAUGUCAAAUGUUGUGGACAGAACAGAAAAUUUGAGGUAAGACUUGUUCAGAUUAAUUUGCCAGGGGCAGAGGUUUAGAGACAGCCUAGGACCAACUCCUCUGUUCCUGCAGGACAGUAUGGUUAUUGCAAAUAUAUUUGCAAUAUAUUGCAACUGAUUCCUGAGCACUGGAAGAAAUUUCUGGAAUCCAACCCAGAUUAAUUACUGUGUAAGGAAGGAUUUUUUUCUCCAGGGAAGGGUUCUUGCCCUUGCCAAGAGUGGUUGACAUAUGCUUGAAUGCUACCAAAGAACUUGAAUGAAUAAAAUGUGAACAGAGCUUUCAAAACAUGCCUGAUGUCCUUUCUGCCAGCUGACAAAUAACACCAAGGGAUUAUGCAAGUGGAGUUGCAAGGAUGAGUUGAGUGUUUUUGGACAGCAAAUCUUGAGACAGAACGACAGCCCACAGGGACAUCUCUGCUGUGAGAGGAACAACAGCCUCAGAGCAAGCACAGGGCAAGCAGGGGUGUGGUGGAAACAGCAAUUAAGAUCUGUAAUUGCCGUCUUGUGUUCUUUCUGCAGGGCUAUGUGUAUUUUUGGGCAAGCAGUCAGCACACAUGGAGUUCUUUGUCUUCUGCAAUCUUUUGCAGGUGUUUAGAUUCAUCUUGUCUGAUGGAAUUAAAGACAUUCCUUUGGGGAGCACUGCACAGCCCCUAUAAGGUCUGCUGUUCCUCAUAAUGCAGCUUGGUACCAACAUUCCAGACAGCCUAUUCCACUAGCUGUACUCUAGAAAUCUUCUAAGAACUGCUCCUGUUUGUAGGGAUUUGUUUUGUGUUGAGGAGAUCUUUGCAUGUGCUACUUCAAAUGCUGUGAAUUAAAAAUAAAGCAAAGUGUUACAGGCUCUGGAAUUAAUUCUGCUGAGCAAGACUCCUGCCACUGAGAUAAGGCAGAAACUAAUUCAUAAAGCCUCAUAGGGGACAAGAACUCAGCACCAAAAUGGAACUUAUUGUGAUGUCUGUAACACUUUUUGCCAACAGCACUAGUUAUUUUUGAUUCUUCGCUGUGCUAUUUGCAGUUGAUCUGUAUUGUUUACUGUGAAAACUCAAAUUGCCACACUUCAUUGCUCUUGGUUCGCAAGUCCCACUGUUGUACAAGGCUACUGGCUGCUUCCUUUUACCUCUGCCCCAAGAAUGCUACAGGAUCAGUGUUCCUGUCCUCACCUGACAGCUGCAACUUUGUACCUGAGUUCUUGGCAUCCACUUAGUCAGUUAUUUUGAGUGACACCUUCCAUAAAACUGAUUGCUCAAAGGGAUGUUUCUGGCUGAGGUUCGCACCUUCUCUGAUCCAGCCUCUGCUGGAUCUUAAAAUAAUGGCUUCAUUAGCAUAUUGCAGCAUGGUGAUGUAUUAAAUAACACUCAAGAAUGGAAAUAAUCCUCAUUUUCUUGGAUCAGGGACAGUGGUAGGAAAGAAGGGAAGUGAAAAUUCAGAAAUCUUCAAUGUGACAGGGAAGAGUUAAGAAGAACAAUACAGAGUCAUUUCAACUGACAGAUUUGUAGCAGUUUUAUAAUACAAGUUUGGAAGUGUGCAAUGAUGAUAAGUGUAAUUCUCAUAUCUCUGGUUUUGUUUCUUCUGAGUGCACAGUUCCUGAAUCUGCAAUGGAAGAGUCGUGGAUUUCCUCCUGGACCAACCCCAUUUCCCAUUAUUGGAAGCGUCUGGUGGAUAAACUUUAGAGCAGAUCAUGGGAGCCUGAAAAAGCUGGCAAAAACCUAUGGCAACAUCUGCACCCUGUGGAUGGGUCACAGACCUAUUGUGGUGCUCUAUGGGUUCCAAGCUGUGAAGAACGGUCUCACCAACAACUCGGAGGAUGUUUCAGGGCGACUCCAGACCUACAUUUUCAACAAAAUGGCAGAAGGAAAGGGUAUCUUGGUCUCAAAUGGUCUCAUCUGGAAACAACAGAGGCAUUUUGGAAUUGGAACUCUCCGAAAGCUGGGAAUGGGGAAUAAAGGAAUGGAGCGUGGGAUACAAACAGAGGCUCGUUUCCUGGUCGAAUUCUUCAGAGACAGAGAGGGAGAAGCUGUUGACCCUUCCUUCCCCAUUGUCCACGCUGUCUCCAAUGUGAUUUGUGCUGUGGUUUUUGGACAUCGUUUCUCCCUAGAAGAUAAAACCUUCCACCAGCUGAUUGAAGCCUUCAAUCAUAUAGUGGCUUUUGGGAACAGCCACAUUUAUUAUAUGUGUGAAGUGUUCCCGUGGUUUGCAGAGCACCUCCCAGGACCUCAAAAUAAAGCAAGAUUUUCCCGGGAUUUUGUUCAUUCCUUUGUAAGGCAGGAAAUCAAAAGCCACAGGGAAAAAGGCAGAAUAGAUGAACCAGAAGAUUUCAUUGACUUUUACCUGAAGCAAAUAGAGAAAACUAAAAAUGUCCCCAAUUCUACAUUUGAUGAAGACAACAUGGUGCAGUCUGUUUUUGACCUUUUCCUGGGUGGCUCAGAGACCACAGCCACCACUCUGCGCUGGGCUCUGCUCUAUAUGUUGGUUUAUCCUGACAUCCAAGACAAAGUCCAGAAAGAGCUGGAUGCUGUUCUGAGUCCCUCCCAUCUCAUCUGCUACGAGGAUAGGAAGAAGCUGCCGUACACAAAUGCUGUGAUUCAUGAGAUCCUCCGCUUCAGCAGCAUUGUUUUAAUCACAAUUCCUAGAGAAGCUGUGAAGGAUACCACAGUUUUGGGGUAUCACAUUCCAAAGGGCACUCUAAUUAUGGCCAACGUAGACUCUGCUCUUUUUGACCCUGCCUAUUGGGAGACGCCUCACCAGUUCAACCCUGACCAUUUCUUGGACAAGGAUGGAAAUUUUGUGACACGAGAGGCCUUCUUGGCCUUCUCAGCAGGUCACCGUGUUUGUCUGGGAGAGACAAUGGCCAAGAUGGAACUUUUCAUCAUAUUUUGCAGCCUGCUGCAGAAAUUCAAGUUCACUGUACCAGAAGGAGUUAAGGAAGUCAACACAGACAUUAUCUUUGGGAGCACCAUGAAACCCCAUCCAUACAAGCUCUGUGCAGUUCUGCGUUAGGUUGCUCAGCAUUAGAGAUUUAAGAGGCGCAGACACAGGGAGGUAGCCCAAAAGCAAGAUAAACUGGAUCUCUCCUCUGUCUACACAGCAGUUG